AUGAAAGGAUUGCUUUUUUGCAGUGCUGGAGUGUGGGGUUUAACGGCUUACUUUUUUUUCUACUUUCAGAAUGUUGUGGGCGCUCGUCGCUCGUCAUGGCGUGUCAUUUCGUCGAUUGAGCAGAAGACGGAAGGAUCGGAAAAGAAGCAGCAGAUGGCCAAGGAAUAUCGUGAAAAGGUUGAGAAGGAGCUGCGUGACAUCUGCUUGGAUGUUUUGAACCUGCUGGACAAGUACCUCAUUCCAAAGGCUGGCAACCCUGAGUCGAAGGUUUUUUAUUUGAAGAUGAAGGGCGAUUAUUAUCGAUACCUGGCUGAAGUUGCUAGCGGCGAGGAUCGCACCGUGGUAGUCGAGAAGUCCCAGCAGUCGUACCAGGAAGCGUUCGACAUUGCGAAGGACAAAAUGCAGCCGACACACCCGAUUCGACUCGGGCUUGCACUUAAUUUUUCGGUCUUCUACUACGAAAUACUGAAUGCGCCAGAUAAGGCUUGCCAGCUUGCUAAACAGGUUUCGGUGGCGGAUUCGGGUCAGAAAGCCUACUCGGAGGCACUUGAGAUUGCCAAAGCACAGCUUUCGACUACCCAUCCAGUUCGUUUGGGCCUCGCUCUAAAUUAUAGUGUCUUCUUCUACGAGAUUUCAUCGAGCCCCGAUCGUGCAUGUCAACUCGCCAAACAGGCAUUCGAUGAUGCGAUCGCCGAGUUGGACACUCUGAAUGAGGACUCGUACAAGGACAGCACACUGAUCAUGCAGCUCCUUCGUGACAACCUGACACUCUGGACAUCGGACACGGGCGCUGACGACCAGGAGGGUGGCGAGCAGACGGGUGAGACAGGCGGCAACUGA